CUAUAAGUCAGGACAGGUCAAUGAAGACAUAAUCAGGCUAGUUCGACUGCACUAAUGAGGUAGACUUUAAACUCACUCACGUUAAUACAAGGAAAGCUAAACUAUGGCUGGAGACUCAGUAGCGACGACCGAUGGCGAAAUCAAAGUUGCAAGCACAAGAGACAGUUGGGGAAAUAAAACAGAAUUCUUGUUAGCAUCAGUCGGUUUAGCUGUAGGUCUUGGUAACAUUUGGAGAUUUCCCUACUUGGUACAAAGAAAUGGAGGAGGUGCGUUUCUCAUACCCUACUUCAUUUUUAUGAUCAUUGAAGGACUGCCUUUAUUCUUUAUCGAAUUUGCAAUUGGCCAACGUUUUCGAACUUCUAGUGUUGGUUCAUGGGGUCGACUCAAUCCUGCAUUGCGCGGACUUGGAUGGUCCUGUAUUUUGGUUUCGUUCUGUUUGUGCAUCUAUUAUAUUGUUGUGCUCGCCUGGUGCAUAUAUUAUUUUUUCAUGUCGUUCACUUCCAAUCUUCCCUGGGAUGGAAAAGAAUCGUGCAUCAAUUAUCAUCAGUAUCAAAACAUUCUUAAUAAAAUCUCCGAAUUUAGUACGAAUGAAACGUUAAAAGCACCCUGGGAAAAAUUAAAAGCUGAUUUUCCUGACUGCUGUGUGAAGGACCCUGCUCAAUGGUAUUUUUAUCAGCGUGUAUUAAGAGUAUCAAGCGAUAUCGAAGAUAACGGAGUUGGUAUAAAUGCCAAUUUAUUGGGUUGUUUGAUAAUAGGCUGGGUGGUGACGUAUCUCUGUGUAGUAAAGGGAAUCCAGUCUAGUGGAAAGGUUGUAUACUUUACAGCGGUUUUUCCAUACAUUGUCCUUGUCGUUUUUUUCUUCCGUGGUAUUACGCUUGAUGGUGCAAAAAAUGGAAUCGAAAUUUUCUUUAAACCAGACUGGAGCAAGCUCACAGAACCGAGGAUAUGGUUAGACGCAGCUACUCAAAUGUUUUUUACGUUAGGCUUGGGUUUUGGAGCGCUGGUUGCAUUCGCCAGUUACAAUCCUGUUAAAAAUAAUUGCGUUAGGGAUGCAUAUACAGUUGUGUUUAUAAACUGUGGAACAUCGCUAUUUGCAGGUGUGGUUGUGUUCUCCAUUUUGGGUUACAGAGAAUUGAAAACUGGUCUCAAGGCUACAGAGGUCGGAUCUGGUCCUGGUCUUGCUUUUAUGGCUUUCUCUGACGCUAUUUUAUUGAUGGAAGCAGCGCCAUUUUGGUCAAUGAUGUUCUUUAUAAUGUUAAUCCUUUUGGGAAUUGAUUCAGAGUUUGGAACUUUGGAAGCUUCUAUCGCGCCGUUUUAUGAUAUGGGGUUAGUGAAAAUGAAAAAGAGUUAUUUUACAGCUCUUGUUGCUUUCAUUAUGUUACUAAUUGGUUUAUGCUUGGUGGCUGGUAAUGGAUUUUACAUAUUUCAAAUAUUUGAUGAUUUCUCCAUCACUUUACCGUUAUUGUUCAUUGGAUUCUUUCAAUGUAUUGGGGUGACUUGGAUAUAUGGUUCGGAUAACAUUGCAAAUGAUAUCGAAUACAUGACAGGAAGUAGACCAAAUGCAUUCUGGUUAAUUUGUUGGAAAUAUAUCUCACCAAUUGCACUUGCGGUUGUUUUCGUCACCAACAUCAACGAUUUGAGUAAAAAUGUCGCUCAAUAUUCUGCUUAUGUCGGGUGCACGAGUGAUCCCCACUCAUCAAAACACGUUGGCACAAAAACAUGGCUGACUAGUCUCAAUUACCCAACCUGGGCGCAGGCUUUAAUCUCGAUCAUCGUGUCAGCAUCAUUCUUGCCAACUCUAGUGUACUUGGUGAAAGAUUUUCUUUCCCGUCCAGAUGAGUAUGCCAAAGGCUUUAAAAAGCGAUUCUUUUCGAGUUGGGUUGAGUAUUUACCAGAUCCCUCGUGGGCAGACCAAAGUCGUAGAAAGACGAGGGCCGAGAUGGAGGAAAUUUUUAGAGAAUCGAUUCUACAAUCAGAAAGGGAUAGAAAGACAAAAUAAAUAAUACAUAAUAAUGUUUAUCAUUCUCAUAACCAAUCUUUCUCACUGCUUGGUUUAUGACGCACACUUGUUGCACUGUGAAACUUUAAGUAAUCGCAAGAAAGAGAAAUUCAAAACAAACAAACAAACAAUUGAAUUUAAGGAAAGUGUUUUCUUAAAAUUUAAACACAAGAAAUAGAAACCUUAAAACUUUGGGUAACUUCUCUAUAAUAGUCAAAUCUGUGUUUUAAAUAAAAGAGAAAUAACAUCAAAACUUUACUCAUGUUUUUAAAGGAUUUUGUACGUUAGUUUGCUUCAUGAUUGUGCAUAAUUCUUGUAUAUUAUUGUUUUUAACUGCAUUUCUUUCUUUCUUAGCUAUAUAUUGAUGCUUAAUCCCUACUGCAACUUAAAAUUGGAUAAACGCAAGGUUUUUUUCCCCUAGUAUCUAGAGUAUCUAAAAUUUCAUAACAUCUUUCAAAAUACCAAUUCUAAAAAUUUGUCACCAGACAAAAUAAAAACAAAGAUCAAUCUAAGACUGAGCUUGUUGCAGAUUCGGUUGCGAACCCCAGAGAUUAAAUGAAUACUAUUUCAGUGGUUUUUUAAAGCAGUUACGUACUUUAAGCAUUCAGCUUUACUACGAUCAUUUUUUUAUAGUCUAUAAAGGUAACAUUUUGCAAGGAGAAUUUUUUAAUUAAGGCACUGAAGAGAUUUUUUUUGGACACAUUUUCACACAAAAUGCGGAACUUAUUUUUAACUUUUGGCUACUUUGGUGGAACUUAUUUU